AUGAAUACUGACCCGCAUGAAAAACAGGGCAUUCUGGAGCGUCUAGCGAGUGGCGAGGUCCUGAUCUCGGACGGGGCUACCGGAACCUACCUACAACAGAGAGGUCUGGAAGCCGGCGGCUGCCCUGAGGAGUUCAAUGCCAGCCAUGCCGACGUAGUGCGAGGUAUGGCAAGAGACUACUUCGAGGCAGCCUCGGUGGGCCCGACAGGGGAGAUGAUGGAACCGCUGCCAGAUGGCGUCAGCGCGUCAGAGAUGUACGACGCGCUUGCCGAGCAGAUCACCGCACUUGCGGGUGGCGGCGCCGACGCUAUACUGAUCGAGACCCAGAUGGCCCUGGAAGAAGCGAUCACCGGGAUCCGAGCUGCCAGGGAAAACACCGACCUGCCCGUGUUUGCAACGAUGGUCUUUGACCUCGGGCCGAGAGGGUUCUUCACAAUGAUGGGCGUCACGCCAGAGAAGGCCGUUCACGACCUACGUGAGGCAGGUGCGGAUGUCGUGGGAGCGAAUUGCGGGAACGGCAUAGACAGGAUGGUCGAUCUUGCCGAGCAGAUGCGCGCAGUUGACGACGGUCUGAUGCUGAUUCACUCUAACGCCGGGAUCCCCGACAUGAAGGGCGGCCAGAUCAUUUACAACGAAGGGCCGGAGUACUAUGGCCGAGAGUUCAAGCGCCUGGCCGACCUCGGUGUGAACGUCCUGGGCGGCUGCUGCGGUACAGGCCCGGAUCACAUAAGAGCACUGAAGGCCUCGGUGAAGUAA